UAGAGAGACAGAAAGAGAGAGAGGUAGAGAGUUGUGAGUGCUGGAUGCUACUCGAUGAAACAUGGAGCGUAUCUCCUCCCUGUUGUCCUCUCUGAGGACCCUGGAGACCGGGACUCUGGACCAGGAGUACAACUCCAUAAUCUCCACUUUGUAGGUAUUCGCCCUCCACCAGCCGAUCAGAGCUAUACGGCCGUAAUACUCUCUGACCGUCAUGCCGAUAACUAAAGAUGGCGGCGAGAACAACGAACUCUGUCACAGCGGCUUUGAGCGUUCACGAGCAUCAAACCAACAACCAAAAAGCUGAGAAACCUUGGUUCAAUGCACAGAACUCCUCCUCCGUGUUUCAAGGUGUUUGUGGGGAGAUUCAUCGUUGGGUUAGUUUCUCCAGGCUCCAUCCCUCCGGAGGGUUCUGGGUCUACGUCGGGGCCCGGAAACCUCUAAACUACCCAGAGUGCCCCUCAGGAGGAUCCCGGUCAGAUGUGAGGUUUUGGUCCAUCUCACGCUCCAUUUCACCCUGAACUGCUGAACGAGACCCAGAGAACCUUCAACUCCUUUACUUGUGGCAGUGACUCACUCCCAACCCGGAGAGUGCAACGCAGACUUGGAGGUACUGACUCUCAUCCCGACCGCUUCACACUCUUCUACAAACAACCCCACUGCUGCUGAAGGUCGCGUUCUGAAGGAACCAACAGAACCACAUCAUCUGCAAAGAGACAAGAUUCCGAGGUCCUCCAACCGGACCAUACUAUCCUCCCCGGCUGUCCAUUGAGACCCAGGAGAAAGCCGACACCCACUGGUUUGACAGUGGGUCGAGUAAACGGACACAGAUCUCACUUUAGUAAGACAAGGACCGGAUGGCUUGUAUCUCAUAUCACAGCGGUACCCUCCACCCCCACAGGACUCCCCUUCGUAAGCCUUCUCCAAGUCCACGAAACACAUGAAGACUGGAUGGGGUGCAAACUCUCGUGACCCCGCCAACAGACCUGCCAAGAUGGUGCGUUCACAGACCUCGUUGCUGAAGAGAGAUCUGAGUUUGACCACUGAGGCCGGAGCUCUGAAGGAAAACAUGAAGAAGAACAGAUACAAAGACAUCCUGCCAUAUGACCAGUCUCGUGUGGUUUUGUCUCUACUGACAUCAGACUCUGAUUAUAUCAACGCAAGCUUCAUCCAGGGGGCGACGUCAGACUGCAGGUACAUCGCUUGUCAGGGGCCCCUCGGCUCCACGCUGACCGACUUCUGGCGGAUGAUCUGGGAGAACAACGUCAAGGUCAUAGUGAUGGCCUGCAGAGAAAUAGAGAUGGGAAAGAAGAAGUGUGAAUGUUACUGGUCCCCACUUCACCAGUCAGCGUCAUUUGGACCAUUUACUGUGUGCAAUCAGGAGAAGCUGCAUCCUGAUGAAGACGUGGUGGUCAGAGCUCUGAAGGUUUCCUUCCAGCAGGACAGCCGUUCAGUGACUCAGUACCAGUUCUUGUCGUGGCCGGAUCACGAUGUUCCCUUCGAGGCUUCAGGAGUCCUGGACCUCCUGGAGAGAGUCAGAGAGAGUCGAGGAGCAGACACCUCCCCUCUGCUGGUCCACUGCAGUGCGGGCUGUGGGAGGACCGGAGUCAUCUGUGCUCUCGAUUACAUCCAUGACCUCCUGGUGAACGAGCACUCAGACUUCAGCAUCAUGCAGAUCGUGAAGGAGAUCAGGAGACAGAGACCGUCUGCGGUCCAGACCAAGGAGCAGUACCGCUUCAUCUUCACUGCAGCCGCCGCCAUGUUGGAACGAGAGCUGCUGUGCUGCAACACGUCGGAGGUGAAGACACACAAUGGGUCACGUGGAGAGCGGAAAAGGCCGACACCUUCCUCCAAGAGGCAGCAAAUCGCCAUGAACGACACGUACGCUGUGGUCAACAAGCCCAAGCACCCACCGUCUGACCCCGCCUCCUCCGCUGUAGACACGCCCAGGUUCAGCAGGACACCGCCUCCAUCCCAUCAUUAUGACAACGACCCCUCUCGAGCCUCAGCAGCUCCCGUCUACAGCGCCGUUAAACCGCGAGCUAAACCUCACGGUUCGCCCCUCUCGGCCACACCCCUCUACGACAUGCCAGCCAAUCACAGGCUGGGGGACAGCGGGGAGCAUCACCUGAGUCCAGCCGGAGGCCUCUCGCUGACCGACGAUGACUACGAAGACUUCUGCCCUUCGGCUCCUGACGCCAGUGGCCGCGGCUCACCUGGGGGCAUCGGGUUUAAUUGUCGUAUUCAGAAACCCAGAGGACCCCGAGACCCUCCAGCUGACUGGAGAGAUGAACUGGUCUGACUGGACCUCACUGGUUAUCUACUGGAUUAUUAUUAGAUGAACUGAACCUGUUAUUCUGACCAUAACUGUGAUCUGAUGUCAAUAUUUAUGAAUAUGAAAUUAAAUAUCUCUUGAGUCUGUGAUUCAUAAA